AUGUUCCUGAGCCUGGGAGAGGGGCCGGGGCCUGAGGGUGGGGGCCUGGCGCCGGGCGAGGAGGCCCCCAAGAAGAAGCACCGCAGGAACCGAACGACCUUCACCACGUACCAGCUGCACCAGCUGGAGCGGGCCUUCGAGGCCUCCCACUACCCGGACGUGUACAGCCGCGAGGAGCUGGCGGCCAAGGUGCACCUGCCYGAGGUGCGCGUGCAGGUCUGGUUCCAGAACCGCAGGGCCAAGUGGCGCCGCCAGGAGCGCCUGGAGUCAGGCUCAGGAGCGGUGGCAGCCCCGAGGCUCCCAGAGGCCCCCACACUGCCACUUGCCCGUCCCCUGGCCCUGCCGCUGCCCCUGGAGCCCUGGCUGGGCCCCGGCCCCCAGGCGGGGCCAGGCCUCCCCCGYGUCCUGGGCUCAGCCCCAGGGCUGCAGGCCUCCCUGGGGCCACACGCCUUUCCUUCUACCUUGGCGGACGGCUUCGCCCUGGAGGAAGCGUCCCUGCGGCUGCUGGCCAAGGAGCACGCACAGGCCCUGGACAGAGCCUGGCCACCAGCCUGA